CCUCCCCCCUCCCUGUGGCUCCGCCCCGUGUUUGGUCAGACACGUGGCCCCCGGGGCCUGGGAGGUGCCCGGGGAAGGGCAAGGGCCCGGGGAGGUUCUGGGGGUGGCGGCGUGGUGUGGCCACCUCGCCAGCCCCCAGGCCGGCCCGGCAUGAGCUCCGGGGUCGCCCUGCGGCUGCGGACACUCCAGCGACACCUGGGCUCCCCGGAGGGCAGAGGUAUGGAGCCGGGCAGCAGCCCGCUGACCACACACGUACUGGACACUGCCUCAGGGCUUCCGGCCCAGGGCCUCUGCCUCCGUCUGUCCAGGCUCGAGGACCGUGGCCAGCAGUGGACCGAGCUGAGGAAAAGCUACACGGACCCUGACGGCCGCUGCCCUGGGCUCCUGCUGCCAGGCCAGAUGAAGGCGGGCACCUACAAGCUGUCCUUCGACACUGAGGGCUACUGGCAGAAGAGGGGCCAGGAGAGCUUCUACCCGUACGUGGAGGUCGUUUUCACCGUCACGAACGAGACCCACAGGUUCCACGUGCCGCUGCUGCUGAGCCCGUGGUCUUAUACCACGUACCGAGGGAGCUAGCGGCUGACCGGCAGCCGGCCUGCGAGCCCGGACCCGUCACCACGGCAGGCUGAGCCGCCCCCAACCAGCAGGGCGGGCUUGUUGCUCACGGGCACCAGGCUCACACUUCCCGGGGACGUUCUGGCCCCGAUUUCCCAGUGGCAGCUGUCAUUCAGGCUUCAAUAAAGUUGCUGCUGGCA